UUAGACAGCGUGUAUUAGACAGUGUGUAUUAGACAGUGUGUAUUAGACAGUGUGUGUUAGUGUGUAUUAGACAGCGUGUAUUAGACAGCGUGUAUUAGACUGUGUGUAUUAGACAGUGUGUAUUAGACAGCGUGUAUUAGACAGCGUGUAUUAGACAGCGUGUAUUAGACAGUGUGUGUUAGUGUGUAUUAGACAGUGUGUAUUAGACAGCGUGUAUUAGACUGUGUGUAUUAGACUGUGUGUAUUAGACAGCGUGUAUUAGACAGUGUGUAUUAGACAGUGUGUAUUAGACAGUGUGUAUUAGACAGUGUGUAUUAGACAGCGUGUAUUAGACAGUGUGUGCUGGUACACAGACGCGACACAGAAAACUUUACUGAACUUUAAACCGGACUGACAGUUUAUUUAGACGUGUCUUCAGAAACAAACUGCACAUUUCUCAACAUAAUAAAAUCAUUACUCAGUGUGUGAUGAUGUCACUGCCGGUGCGUGGACGUGUGUUGCGGGCAGUGUGUAGCGGUGGUGUUGGUGGUGUUGAGGGUGGUGUUGGUGGUGUUGGUGGUGGUGUUGGUGGUGCUGCUCGGCGGUGUUUGUUCGGUGCAGUGGAUCAUGAGGAGCUGCAGCGCGACUACAUGCUGCUGAUGAGGGCGGAGCUUGAAGGCGCUUCACGCCGCUGGAGCUUCGACUUCAUCACCAACAAACCACGGAUGGGCGGAGACUUCGAGUGGGUGGGGCUUCCUGAGGCUCGAGUUCCUUUUCUUUACCGUGAUUGCACAGUAGGAGCAGAGCCUCGACCAAAGGGGGCGGGGCCAGCAUCCGAUCUCGAGAAGGAGGACAUUCCUAAAACACCUGAGCGAUGCGACAGAAACACACACAGUGCAGAGAAACACACACUGAAGAGGAAGCAGACCAACAUCACAGACUUCUAUCAGGCCAAGAGGCGAGUCGUCACCACCAGGAAGUCAGGCCAGUGACCAGAGGACACACACACACACACACACACACACACACACACACACACACACACACUUCACACACACACACACACUACACGCAGGACUGUGUGAAGGAUUUCUGGAAAAAACACUCAGAUUUUUUUCCCACAGCAACAAAUAAUUAUUUAAUUGUGUUUUAUUUUAUUUUAUUAUUAUUUUAUUUUAUUGUGUUAUUUGUGUUGUUUUCGGUAAAAAUGUAAACGCUUCAUCAUUUAUUGUGCAAUUCCUGUUAACCUGGAUAUAAAGAUUAACGCUCAGCACUG